CUCUCCGGUCAAAUCCCCCUUACCAAGGACGGCGUUCUGAUUGAGGGUUCCGUCACGGAGAAGACCCGUCUCUGCUGCGAGAACAUCAAGGCUGUUGUCGAGGAGGCUGGCUCUAGCGUGGAGAAGAUCUUCAAGGUUACGGUCCUCCUCGCUGAUAUGGCCGACUUCGAUGAGAUGAACAAGGAAUACGCCAAGUUCUUUGCUCACAAGCCUGCUCGCUCUUGCUUUGCUGUUAAGCAGCUGCCUAAGAACGUGCCCGUUGAGAUUGAGUGUAUUGCUCUUGCUUAG